AUGGAUACGGUAACAUCAAUAAACAGACUGAGGGCUCAGUUUUUCAGGGCCUGUCCUGAAAAGGAUCAAAUGAAUAGAAUUAUUCGACCAUACGCACCGGGCCAAAAUGUCAACGGUAGUUUUGAUACUCUGGAUACGAAUAUAAGAGAGUUAUUUAUGGAUGCCGAUGGAUCCAACUUAUUAAGGUUAAUGGAAUCUCCUCCAACCUCAGACACUUACAUGGAUGUUCAUUUGACAUCAGAUAGUAAUCUAAAAGCCAAGCAAAAUAGGAACGCUAUGAAAAAUAGAAGAAAUUCAUAUUUGAUCAAUAAGCAGGGGUCUCCUCUCCCUAAAGAGCUAGAUGUCCAUGAAGGUAAUGUCGCUGAGCAACACCAGCAAGCUCCAAGAAAAAGCAAGCUCGUAGAGCUUCAUAAUGCCACAAGCGCCAAUAACGACUUGGAAGUAAAGAAUGAUAAUAUGAUACAUGAGCUAAAUAGACAAAUUUCACUCAACCCUGAGUCCGAUUCUGAUUUCAAUGAAGAAAAGAAAAAACAUAUGAAGAAAAGUACAUUGCCUUUCAGAAGAAUUUUUAGAAUGAGAAGAGAUAGUAACACUAGUGUGCUUGACACUAACGAUAAAAGAAUAUCUAAUAAGACAGCACUAACAAUCCCGGAAAAUUCUGUGCUCAAUAUCAAGAAUGGACAUAAAUAUGCUCUGAAUUUUGACUAUGAUGAUAAUUUAGAUGAAGAUGAUGAAGAAGAUGAUGAUGAUGAUAACAGUGUGGAUUUACGCUCACAAUUUUUCCAAUUAAAUAAAAUUACGAAUCUUCUAGACCCCGAAAACAAUCAUGGUACUACCACAGAAGGCAGGACAGUGCUAAAUGUGACGAACGGUGCUACGAAUGCAAGUACCCUAUCAGGUAAUGUAUCCAAAAUCAAGUCUCAUUUUCCCCAACUUCCGAGAGGUUCCUUAUUAGAUACUGCUAAAAAUAGUAGCUCAAAAUCUGAGUCAUUAAGUAUAUCUAAAAAUGGGGUACUGAACGAAGAUGAUACUAGUAUAUAUACAAUGAAUGAAAGUGUGCAAAUUGCAGAUGGUGACAAUGAUCUUUCCGAUAUUUACUCCUAUAUUACUGAGCAGGAUCUGGACAAUCUCAAUUUAGAUAUCGUCCCCUCUAAUGAUGAGAAAUCGUACUCUUUGAAGCAUAAUUCAACUGCUGAUAUCUCGAAGGAGUCACAUUCACCAAAUAGUAUGAACGUUGUUCCGAGUAACACAUUAACGGAGCAGGAAUCAGAAGGUUUGAGUGCAGUGUCAUCAUAUGGCAAAUCUCUUCUAGGUUCUGAUUUCAGUGACACUGAUUUUAUAAAACCCAGUGAGUCAACUCUUGAUAGUGAUGUAGCUAUACUAGAUUCGGAUAUGCCUCAAAAUACGGUCGGUUCUCAUUCAAUUCCAAUGUCCUUUGAAGGGUAUGGUCUUCACAAAAGUCCAGAUGAUUCGGCGCUGAGAAACAUAUUCGACAAGGAAGUACUCAAUAUUAGAUCUUCCAAAAAUGCCCAAGGAAGAGAUAGGAAAUCACUUGGGACAUCUUUGCGAGAUACAGCACUACACAAUUCUUCAAGCAAACGUAAUUCUGUGGCGUCAGCUGCCGCGAUCAAACACUCGAUAUCUCAGAGGCAACACGCUCGAUCGACUUCAUCAGCAAGCAAUGAAAAUGUGAAGCAUACUGGACCUAUCGAUGUCACCGCACAUAGAAAUAGAAAUCGCAGUGCUUCCAAUCUAAAGCCGGAAUAUUCACCUUCUCCAAUGGCGCCAAGUAAUUAUUCAAGUAGGCGUAAUUCUAAAGAAGGUUUGCAUAUUGAAAAGAACUCUGAAUUCACUGUACAUCCACAGGCCAUUUCUCAAUUAUCAACCUUGUUUAACAAGAAAAAACAGAAAGUGACAGAUGCGGCGGAUGUUUUAGAAUACUUUUCAUUUGUUUCAGGAGAUAAAGUUCCCAAAUAUGAGGCAAUGGAUUUAGAUGUAUACAUUCAAUCAUCAGAAAAGUAUAAAAAGGAUCCAUUUACUACUAGUGUCAGAAAAUCCGCGAAAGUUUUUGAAGUGAUUGGGUUCAUCCUUUUCAUGUAUACAACAAACUAUAAACCUGUUGAUUAUGAGCUGGAUGGCAUGAAUAUGGACGAGCUAAUGAAUCCUAACAAUUUUUCUUUACAUGUCGUUGAUGAAGAUGGUGAACCUUUUGAGGACAAUUUCGGAAAGCUAAACAGAAAUAGUGCAAUGCAGUCCGUGUCAGACAAUGAAAUAGUUCUAUGUAGGGCCGGUGAGGCGGAAAAGACGAAGAAUCAAACAGAAACUCCAAUACCGUAUAACUUGAAUGGGGAAAUGCUGGAUACCGUUCAUACCGGUUCUUAUCCCAGUACUGCCUCCAACAUCGAGUCUGCUGAUAAUACUAUCAAUCAAUUAAGCUUUUAUAAACCAAUUGUAGGCAAUACAGAUGAGCUAGACAAUGCAGGAAAUAGCUCCAAUGUGAUCGAAGUAACAGUAUAUUUAUAUCCAAAUGUUAAUCCCAAAUUUAAUUUCACCAAGAUCAAUGUAUUGGUAACAGCCAAUGUGAAUGAUAUACUGGUAAAAUACUGCAGAAUGAAAAACAUGGAUCCAAAUGAGUAUUGUCUAAAAUUAACUGGUAAAAAUAGCGUUCUGGAUUUAAAUGAUACUGUUCUUAGGUUAGAUGGGAACAAUAAAGUAGAAAUUGUCUCUAAGAAGGAUGCAAGAGAACUUCAUUUAGAAAAGAUAAGACCUGAUUUGAAAAAACCAAACCUACCUACUAUACAAAGUAAUGAUUUGACACCAUUAACGCUAGAGGCUGAUAGAUCGUACCUUAAUGUUGACAAUGACAAAAAGCCCGUCGAAGGUAGUUUGGGCAUUGCAAGGUCUGCUUCUAGAUCUAGAAAAACAUCCGGUAAGUAUAAACUAGGUCUCUCAAAGCAAGUUGCCUAUUCUGCUGGUGUUAGUGGUGGUGGUUUCUUUAAAACGAAAAAUACGUCAAAGUCAUCAUUACAAACACCUCAACAGUCAUAUCAUCAAAAUACAUCACAACACAGUAUUAGUGGUACUCCAGAAAAUCCAAAUGGGAAUACCUUCCAGGAUUUAUUCUCUGGUGCAUAUCACAAGUAUAAAGUUUGGAGAAGGCAGCAGAUGUCCCUAAUCAACAAGCAUGAGAGAACUCUGGCACUGGAUGGUGACUAUGUUUAUAUAGUUCCUCCGGAAGGCAAAAUGCAUUGGCAUGAGAAUAUCAAAACAAAAUCUUUUCAUAUCAACCAAAUUAUACUAGUAAAAAAAUCUAAACGUGUUCCAGAAUAUUUCAAGAUCUACGUCGAAAGAGGUCCGAGCGAUAUCAAGAGGUAUUAUUUUGAGGCGCUCUCUGCACAAGAAUGCACAGAAAUUGUAACCAGAAUUGAGAACCUUUUGAGUGCAUAUAAAAUGAACCACAAAUAG